UUCUAAAAUGUUUUAGGAGAAUUUUACAGAUACUUCUAAAUCAGCUGUGUCAAACUCAUUUUUAUUUUGGGCCAAAUCAAGAUCAUGAAUGCUCUUUAAGGGCCAGCAGUGCCAGAGUCCUAUUGAUAAAAUCUGUUCACAAACUGUUAAAAUAUCAAUUAAUUCUUAAAAUUUAAUAAUAAUACUGAACAUCUUUUCAGUUCCUUCGGGAUUUUGUGAUAGGUUUUGGAAUUUCUUGCUAUAAAAAUCAAAGUGUUUGUGGUACUAAUUUGGAAAUAUUUGUGAUAUUUAUUUAUGACCGUAAAUGUGACUUUUUAAUCUUCGCUGUAUAGAUCAUGAACUAUAAUCUGACAUCAAUUAAGACUGAAUCAGCUGUUUAGUACAAGUAAAAUUUUUGAGAAAAAUCUGAUUAAAAGCCACCCAAUUAUUAGUUGGUCCCAAUUAUUAGUGCAAAAAAGUGCAAGAAUUUGUUUCUUUUGCGUGAAUUUCCACAGUAAUUUUCAAGAAACUGGAGGGACUGGUUGAUAUAAUUUAGCAGUGAACGGAUGACAACUGAACAGAUUUGAUUGAAAACAUUAAAUUUAAUCACACUUAGUGUUUAGACGAGAAUCUAGAGGGCCACAUAAAAAGCUACAGUGGGCCGAAUUUGGCCCACGGGCCUCGAGUUUGACACAUUUUAAAUAAUUCCAUAUUUAAAAAUCAUGGCAGGUUUAUUGUAGUUAGUUUGUUUUUGGCCCAUGUGUAAUUAAACUCCAGGCAGCUGGAGUUUAAUUACCGUACUUCCAUUAUUUCUGCUCAGAGGCAAAGUUGAUUUGACUUGAAAUUAGCAGAAUUUCUUGAAAAAGACGGAAAAAUGGCAAAUGUUCUUAACUCAGAAAUGUAGGAGUCAAAGUUUCUUAUUUUCGCGUCUCGCUCCACAUAGCUUCCCCUCUGGGUUGGUUGAGACGGAUUCUGAAGUCGCAGCUACAUCUCACCUCACAGACUCCUCUCCUGUCUCCUUCAUUUACAUAAUACAAGAUUUACAUAAGGAGAGAUAAGACUUGCAAAACUUUUAUUCCCCCUCCAUGACUGACACGGUCUAUUAAACUAACUGACAUUCUUGUCCCCUAUCGGACCAAGAGAGCGCUGAAGUGCCUGUUCGCUGCACUCAGAAUUAGAAAUGAAAAGAUGGAUGCUGCCAUAAAAGAUAGGGAACAAGAGAGACGAGACACUUAAAAAAAAAAAAAAAAAAAGGGAUAAAAAAAGACUGUUCUGCCAUCGGUGUCAUUGAAAGAUAGACUGUGUCCUGGUCAGAUGCUCACAUGUUUAAGUUAAAGAAAUCCCAAAGUUAAUAAAUUAUAAUUUUGAUGGCAAUUAGAAAAAAGCACAAUGAGAGAAUUUAUAUUUUUAAACAAAAUGAUGCUCAUCAACAGUGGAGCACAGCUGCUGAAGGUUGAUAUUAAAUAUGGUAAGAUUUUUCUUUUUUUGAAAUCAGCUUUUGCUUCAACUUGCUUUAAAAACAUAAGUGUUACAUCAUAUAUAUCCUUUUCCUCUGAAUUGAAUGCAAGUUGAGCUUGGUGGGUUUAAAUCUUGAGAUUAUUUCACUUAUUGCUUCUUUAGAUCCUUUCAAUGUCAAAUCUCAAGAGAUGAUGAUUGAGUUUAGCAGCUGCAGCAGCUUGAAUUGGCCUAUUCCAGGUGCAGCUAAUUUGGCUGAUAAAAGUGGGGCGGUGGUAUUUAAUUGGUUUCAGUGUGGGGAGGGCGUAGCUGUAGGCUUCUGUAAUUGGAUUAAGGAAACCUGAAAGAAUUUUCCGUUCUUGAUUCUACACUAAUAAGAUGACAGAAUAGAAGAGAGGGAAACAGCUCAAAAUGGUGUGUGUGUGUGUGUCCAGCUGGCUGAAGGAUUAAAGACAUAGCCACACAUUUUUCUUUUUCAGUACUUUCUGUAUGUCAUUCUUAUGGCGCGUUCAAAGCAAACGCGCUUUGUGCGUCUGGUUUAUAUUCAAAGUCUAUGUGGAGGUGCAUCGAGGGUUCGUUGCAGCACAUCUAGAGCAGCACAAUUUGAAACGUUUUGAGAAUGACAGGUAGGUCAGCAACGGAAAACAACUAGAGAGAUUUUGACGCAUCUGAUGAGCCCUCGGCGUGCCUACAUGUAGGCUUUGGAUGUAAAAAAAAUUUCAUUUUUUUAAAGAAAACAUUUUUUUUUGUAAAACAUUUUCAAAUCCAUGUAUUCUUUUCCUUUCUAUUCACAAUUAGACUUCAGUCUCCUAUUAGCAGAGUGAAGCUGCUGGUUGUAAUGUGAUAAAAAUGACUUGUGGCUUGAAAUGUUGAGGUGUUUUUUUGUUGUUUGAAAAGGAAGCAGGUGUCCAUUGCACUUUGCACAAUUUGUUAAUUUCACACCAGAAAUGCGUCAGCGACAGCUGCUACUGUUUUAAGAACAAGAACGGUAAAGUCGGUGUUUAGGUCCGAGCAUAUCCUGUUGUGUGGUCAUCCAACUCGCACAGGGUCUGGUGUGUAUGUGUCAUGUGUUUGUGGGAGGGGAAGAAGAAGAAGAAGUAAGGGUGAUGUCAUAUUUGAUGACUUCAUUUCAGAUGUGCCAGGGAGUAUGAGAGCAUUGCACUGCCCUUUUCUUAUCAGGGUGCCCUGCCCUGUCGUUCAUCCUCCCAAUGCCAGCCCUGCCAGUCCUGUACUUCCAGAAAUAGACUCAAGCUUCCCUCUAACUCCCCUGCCAGCCCACCAAUCUGAUCUCAAAACCCUCCCACUUACAUUCCAGUCUCGCCGAUAUCAAGCCUGUGGCUGACUUCAUUGGCUAAGUUACUUUGCCAGAGCUUGAGACCAAACAGUCUCUCAGCUGACCUGUUCAUAUUUCGGCAUGGUUGGCAACACAUGUGCCUCCCUCAUCCUCCCACCGACAGCGGUGACAACAGCAAAGAGGAAACACCUCACAGCACAGCCAACAGGACGUGGAACACACACCCUCGCUCCCACUGGAGCCACGCUGGAGGGGAUCGCAUUUGAUGCCAAGACUGAAGGAGUCUCGCUCCCAUGAAUCACUGCUCAGCCCCAGUAGCGCCGUGGAAGCCCUGGACUUAAGCAUGGAGGACGAGGUCAUCAUCAAACCUGUGCACAGCAGCAUCCUCGGCCAGGACUACUGCUUCGAGGUCACCACCUCCACAGGAAGCAAAUGUUUUUCCUGCCGUUCGGCGGCCGAGAGAGACAAAUGGAUGGAGAAUCUGAGGAGAGCCGUGCAGCCGAACAAGGACAACAGUCGGCGGGUGGAAAACAUGCUGAGGCUGUGGAUCAUCGAGGCCAAGGACCUGCCGGCCAAAAAGAAAUACUUCUGCGAGCUGUUCCUCGAUGACUCACUGUACGCUCGCACCACCUGCAAGCUCAAGACCGACAACCUGUUCUGGGGGGAGCACUUCGAGUUCAGCAACCUGCCCGGCGUCCGGAGCAUCGCGGCGCACCUCUACAAGGACACGGACAAGAAGAAGAAGAAGGACAAAAACAACUACAUCGGCCUCGUCAGCAUCCCCGUCCUGGCCGUCACCGGGCGGCAGUUUGUGGAGAAGUGGUACCCGGUCAGCACGCCCACCCCGCCCAAGGGUAAGACGUCGGGCCCCAUGAUCCGGAUCAAGGCCCGCUAUCAGAGCAUGAACAUCCUCCCGAUGGAGAUGUACAAGGAGUUUGCGGAGUACACCACCAACAACUACAUGAUGCUGUGCUCGGUGCUGGAGCCGGCCAUCAGCGUCAAGAACAAGGAGGAGGUGGCGUGCGCGCUGGUGCACAUCCUUCAGAGCACUGGCAAGGCGAAGGAUUUCCUCACAGAUCUGAUGAUGUCUGAGGUGGACCGCUGUGGGGAGAACGAGCACCUCAUCUUCAGGGAAAACACUCUAGCCACGAAGGCCAUCGAGGAGUACCUGAAGCUGGUUGGUCAGAAGUACCUGCAGGACGCCCUCGGUGAAUUUAUUAAGGCUCUGUACGAGUCGGAUGAAAACUGCGAGGUGGAUCCAUCCAAGUGUUCCUCUGGUGACCUGCCAGAGCACCAGAGCAACCUGAAGAUGUGCUGUGAGCUGGCCUUCUGCAAAAUCAUCAACUCAUACUGUGUUUUUCCACGAGAACUGAAAGAAGUCUUUGCGUCGUGGCGGCAAGAGUGCAGUAGCCGGGGUCGGCCGGACAUCAGCGAGCGGCUGAUCAGCGCCUCGCUGUUCCUGCGCUUCCUCUGCCCGGCCAUCAUGUCGCCGUCACUUUUCCACCUCAUGCAGGAGUACCCCGACGACCGCACGGCGCGCACGCUCACUCUGAUCGCCAAAGUCACGCAAAACCUGGCCAACUUCACCAAAUUUGGAAACAAGGAGGAGUACAUGUCUUUCAUGAACCAGUUCCUGGAGCACGAGUGGACCAACAUGCAGCGUUUCUUGUUGGAAAUCUCCAACCCCGAGACAAUCUCAAACACGGCCGGCUUUGAAGGUUACAUCGACCUCGGCCGGGAGCUCUCGACCCUGCACUCGCUUCUGUCGGAGGUGGUCUCCCAGAUGGACCAGAGCAUGGCCUCAAAGCUGAGUCCUCUGCCCAGGAUCCUCCGAGAGGUGAACACGGCUCUUUCUAACCCGUCCUGCGUCCAGAUGGCCCCCGGGCCGCCGUCGGAGCCCUCGGGUUCCCCUCCCGCCGAGGCCGGCUGCAGCAUUUCCACCGGGCUGCAGAAGAUGGUCAUAGACAAUGAGCUAUCGGGAUUGGUCGACUUCACCCGGUUACCUUCUCCCACUCCGGAAAAUAAGGACAUCUUCUUUGUGACGAGGAGCUCGGGUAUCCAGCCUUCGCCUGCUCGCAGUUCGAGCUACUCUGAGACUAAUGAGCCCGAGCUGGGCAUGUCCAACGGCAACAAAAGUUUAUCCAUGGUGGACCUGCAGGACCCCCGCAAUCUGGACGCUGGGACACCUCAAAGCCCUUCGGAUGCUCUGGGUGAGAGCCAAGCUUCUGGCGGGGGCUGGCCCGCCAGAGUCUCUCAGGGAAACAUCCCAGGCGGUCCUACCAUGAGGAGGCCGGGUCAGGCCCCCGUCACCCCAAACACGGACAGCACUCCCGGCCGACCCGCCCAGUUACUUGCCCCGCUGUCCUUCCAGAACCCAGUUUACCAGAUGGCGGCUUGCUUGCCAGUGUCUCCUCGAGGAAUGACUGAUUCGGGGUCAGAGUGCCACAGUUCAGUUAGUUCCCAUAGCAACAAUGAGGACGGACCAGCAGGAGGGAAGCAAGCCUUUAUGAACCAUAGUGGUGGCGGCGGCGGCGGAGGAGGAGGAGGCGGGGGAAGCAGCGGCGACGAGUACACCCGGCGUUCUGGGGAGUUCAACCGUCGGCAACUGUCGCUAACGGAGACCCCGCAUCAGCCCACCGUCCCGAGACAGAACAGCUCCGGACCCCAGAGGAGGAUAGACCAGCCUCCCCCCCAGAGCGUCACGCGGGGCCGUACCCCGCCGAAUCUGCUCAGCAGCGGCCCGUACCCUCGCCCCACCUCUGGCGGCAUGAUGACGUCGUCGCCCGACUGGCCGGCCAGCGGCGCUCGUUUGCGGCAGCAGUCGUCCUCCUCUAAAAGCGACAGUCCCGAGACCAAACAGAGAGCUCAGCACAAACAGGCCCCCUCCCCAGUGAACCCCAGUGCGCUGGACCGCACAGCAGCCUGGCUUUUGAAUAUGAAUGUGCAGUAUUUAGACCAUGAGGGGAUGGAGCCCAAUUCAUCACUAAGAAACAGAGAGGAUCUGACUCAGGUGGAGAAGUACCAGCAGGAGAUUGCAGUGCUGCAGGAGAAACUGCGCGCCUCUGUGCAGAAGCUGGAGGAGUACGAAGCCCGUCUGAAGGGUCAGGACGACCAGGCCCAGAAGGUCCUGCUGGAGUACCAGGCCAGGCUGGAGGAGUCAGAGGAGCGUCUGCGCAGGCAGCAGGACGACAAGGACCUCCAGAUGAAGAGCAUCAUCAGCCGGUUAAUGUCGGUGGAAGAGGAGCUGAAGAAGGACCACUCUGACAUGCAAGCAGUCGUGGACUCUAAACAGAAGAUCAUUGAUGCGCAGGAGAAGCGCAUAGCGUCGCUGGAUGCCGCUAACGCUCGUCUCAUGAGCGCGCUCAGCCAGCUGAAGGAGCGCUACAGCAUGCAGACCCGCAACGGCAUCUCCCCCACCAACCCCACCAAGCUGCAGAUCACCGAGAACGGAGAGUUUCGGAACAGCAGCAACUGCUGAGGCGGCUCGGCGCGCGUCUGAGGCUCCCCGGGCGUUGUACGGCGUAUUCCUCCCCGCCUCGCCCCGCCGGGGUCGACGAGUGCCUGUUUAUAGAUGGACUGUGAGAAUCGUGUGUGUGUGUGUGUGCGUGGGUGUGCGCGUGCGUGUGUGGGUGCGUUUUAGAAAAGCAGUCGGCGUACUUCCGGAAGACAUUUCCACUUUUUCUCAGUUUGGAGACAAAUGUUUGGCACGAGGACGUUUUACGCGAGGGGCCACCCAGAAGGAGUGCAGCUCGGAGCGGAUCGCCAGAUGGCCUUCACCGGGAGGAUGGUGGAAGGAGAGAGGAGGCAGGGCAGAGCCUGUACAUAAAAAACUCUGAGCCGCGGACGAGUCGAGUCGCUGCGAACACCCGAGCGCCCGUCCACGCCUGGGACAAACCACUAUGAAAACCGCACGCAUCGACGAUCCGCUCCUCCUUUCCCUCCCCCGACAGCGAAGUGGGCCCACUUAAAACCGCACGUUGAGGAUUUUCACUUAAGUUUGUCUCCAGAGGUUUACUUUCCAACGCUUUAUCUCAAAGUUUAUGUUUUUAAAGAACCAAAUAUGAGCUAUAAAUAGAUAUUUUUAAAUCCCAAACAAUCUUCUCCACGUCCUUUUUAACUCAGAGGUGUGUUCCUGAGCGUCCCGUCUACCCUGUCGCCCCUCCACCCCUCUCCAACCCCCUCUCCAUGCCCCUCCCACCCAAAGCAGUGCACUUUGUGAAAAGCUAUUGGUACACGAAACGCCUUAAUUAGGGAAUGCACCUCGACUUUAACCCCGCAGCUCCUCCCGAUUCUGCAAAAAAUAAAAAAAUAAAUAAAAAAGCAACCCCAUAAAGGCACAACUUGUACUGUGGAUUUGUAGAGAAUCCGACGUAAAACGAGAUGAGAUGUAUUAUAAACACUAAAGUAAAUGAAUUCUAUGUGAUUGCUAUAUUAAUGAAAUUUAACAUAGAUGUAUGCAUUUUUCUUUCUUCUAGAGUAUACAUACACACAUAUACCUAUAUUUGAUAAUGUCAAAUAUAAAAGCAGCCCUUUAUUUAAGAGGUUUAGUGUUAUUUUUCCUUCUCUGAUGGUGAGAGACUGUAGUGUGUCAGCUUGCUUUUGGAGCCCUGGAAAGGAAGACCACCCUGAGCAGUGAUCAGCACCUCAAAGAGCCUUUGUUGUUCUUUAUGUAAUUCAUGCAAGUGUUAGAAACCCCUCUAUUAUUGUUUUUGUUGUUUCUAGGGUGUUAGAACGAUAAUACUGAGUUUUAAUAUGGAGAUUUCACAGUCUCAUGGUACAAAAACAAAAGUCCAUAAUGCAAUCUGAGUGUGUUUAAAGCCCAAACUCUUCAAAGAUUACUUCAAAUAUACUACUGCUAAAAUAUACCAUACUGAUUAUUAUUGUAAAGUAUUUUUACUCAUUUGACAGAACAAAUAUGCUGCUUGUGACUUGUUGAUAAUGGACGGAGCUCCAUUAGUUUUCACACCAUAUCUGUUCAUGUUGUCACAGUUGAAUAUAUGUCCAAACAGUAUGGUUUUUAAUUAUUAGUUUAGAAACACCAGAUAUUUUGCGAUUUGCGAAACACUAAGAAAAUUCCACUAUUCGGGCUCCAUUCUGGUGUUUUUUUUACCAGAACUUAAAACCCUUGGAUGAGUUUUUGCUGUUUUGAAACCUUAAUAUAUAUUUUUUUUUAAAUCUGGUGUCCAAAUCUCACAAUAUAAUAAGGUUGAGGGAAAAAACAAAAUACACACUGGGAAAUUUUAAAAUGCUAACAUUUAAAAAUGUUUUCUUGCCUUGUCAAAAGUAGAGGUAGCAUAGGUGAAUUUUUAUUUAUUUUUUUGUAUUUGAACCCAAACGCUGGCUUAUGUAUAGAACGAGCACAAUCAAUACGUAGUAGUUGGUUUUUUUUUGUGUUUUUUUUUUUUUUUUUUUUUUUCUGGUGCUCCUCACUGCUCCAUCAACAACACAUCAUUAAUUGUUAUGGGGAUGUUGGUCGAUUCUCUCUAGUUGCGCAGGAGCUAUAGAGCGAAGCGUCUCGAUGCUCUCGCUCAUAAUAUACACUGGACUGGCAGAGCCGUUUGUUUGUCAUUGACCUCCAUUCAGUCAAUUUUCUCUCUCACCGCUUUAUUGGUCCGCUGAAAUGAAGUAUGCUGCAUCCAAACUGUGACUCCAUCGAUCCUCCUUGGCAUUAGCGUUCUCUCUCGCCUGCCCCUUUUUCUUGCUUCCUGCCUGACCUCAUCUUUUUUUUUUUGUUGUUGUUGUUUUUUGCCUCUGAAUGUAUAGACAGCGUUGUAAAGUCUCGUGUUGUAACUCACUGUCAGCUCACUCUCAUCUGCUUUUUAGCUUUUUUUGUAAUCAUUUCACAUGCAAAAGUCUCAAUACAUCGACAGCCAGUCGUAGCAUCUACACCCAUCAGUUUCAUUUAGACGCCGGUUGGUCAGUGAGGAUGGCUGCUCUUAUACAUAUAUAUAAAUAAAUAUAUAUAUAAUACAAUACAAUAUAAUUAUUGACUGCAUCGUGAGAUGGGAGAUCAUGGGAUUGUGUAAAUAAAAAAUGCCCACACUAUUUUUACCUGAUGUUAACAGAGCUUUUUGUAAAUGUUUUUGGGUUUUUUUGUGCUCCGACUCUGCUGUACCAUUAUUGAUAUUGUAAAUAUAGAAGAUAGCCCAGUCAGUCAUCUGUCCUCAUCGGGCAGAGCUAUACAAAUCAGUUAAUCUGCCAGUGUUCUCUCUGUUGAAAAGCUUUUGUGUUUGUAUUUUACCGUGUACUAUCUCUAGCCAAAAACAGGAAAAAAAAAGAAAAAAAGAAGAACUGAUCACGUAGGGGUUUGACUCUUGAGAUGUAUGCCUUGCUGGUUUCAAGCCAACUUGAGUCCGAUGAGCUGCGCAAGCACAAUCCUGUAAAUCUCAUCAGUCUCACUCAAUGCACUUUUACAUUUAGUGGUUGGUUUCUAUUUAACUUUUUUUUUCUUUUUUUUUUACGCAAAACCCAGUUUCAGGCAUUUCAAGGUUCCUAAGUAACUAAAGGUUAAAUACCAGACAUUUCACACCUGCAUACUACACGGCUCUCUGAAGCUGUUUGUCUGCACAGAUUAAAGCAAGACUAUGAUUCAUUUGUCAAAUUCUUUAUUUUUAAAUGAUAGUACAUGAUAGCUACAUGUACUGACCAAAUUGGCUCAACAAACCUCUGUUUACAUGCAGUCUAAGUUUACAAGUAACUUUUGUGUCCUAGCAAUUUCAUUACACCUUUGUGCAGCUAAAUGUCUAACUUAAUAUUUUUUGUUUUUUUUUACAAGUAAUGCACAUUUAGGUCAUAUGAAUGUGUACUAGAUGUGUUUCUUAACUCUCAUUUUAAAAAAUAAGUUUUUUUGGCAUGUGGUUAAGCAGUAAAGCAUUUUAUAGUUGGCUAAUUCUAGCAAAACAGAGUUACUGAAUAAGUUCAAUUUCAACUCUAUGAUAACAAUGAUAAAGCCAGAAAAGCACUAAAUAGGAUUAGACUUUUUUUCUUUCUUUUACAAAUUAAAACUUGUAAUCAUUGUAACUUAUUGAAAUAACCCUGAAAUGUACUUAUCAUGCACUUUAUAGCCACUGUUUGACUAAUUGCUAAAUCACCCCGAUAUUUAGCGAUUUGUGAAACUGGGCGAAUUUGCAAAGAUGGUUGACUGUUGACAUUAGCAAUUUGAUGCUAUUUUAGCUGCUGCUUAACUAAAUGUUGAAAUAGUACGUGCUCCAAAUAAGCUCAAGAGUUUCGGUCAACACUGUAGCCCAAUGCUAACUCUUACUUAGAUACAUUUUAGCCAAUAAUAUGUUCCUAAGAAGUUUGUGCAUCAUACAUUUUUCAGAUUUUAUUUCAGUAAAGCUGCUUUUCACAAAUUCUGCCAUAUUUGACUUUUGCUUUGUUCCAUAAACAUUUUAGUAUUUGUGCUUGGUUAACUUUUUAUUAUUGGCAUAGAGCCAGUUGAGUGUCUUGUAGCUACAAUUAUGAAAUUAUAAUAGUAGCUUUACUGUCUUACUUACAAUCUAAAUGCUAAAUAAGUCAAAUCUAUUAUGCCCAGAAGCAGAUUAUCAUAACUCCAGUCAUAGUCUUGCUUUAAGAUCUCAAAGAUUAAAAUGCAUCCUAAUAAUUAUGUUAUGUUUUUUCAAUCAGUACUUUCACUAACAUCAAACAGGCACCAGUCAUCAACUUUUGGUUUCCCAUUUCAUGAAUCGGAUAAAACAAAAGCUCAUUCUUGACAUAGUUCGACCAAUCAAACAAAGGAUUAAAUGAAAUAUAAAGCUAUAAGUAAAAGAUGUAUGUUUUCUAUUCUAUUGUAGAAAAAAAAAUACUUUUGUAAUUCUGUUGAAAGUAUAAAGUAUUUGCUGGAUUCUGCUUCCUUUGAUGAUGGUGACAAAACAAUAAUGUACAGAAGAACUCGUGUUGACAAAACGUGGCUGUGCAAUUUAUGUACAUUUGCAACUAGACCUAUUAAAGUUUUAUUUAGCUAUUUUAAACUCUCCUCUGUGUGCAUCUCUGCUGCACAGCCUCGGCGGUGCAGUUCUCUGUGACGUUUUAAACCGUGGAGGCUAAAUGACUGCCUGUGCGAUAGAUCACGUGUUCAUCAAAUGCUCAAGGAGACCCAGAUUGAUUAUAGGCAUCUAGAGAGAACAUAUGCUCAGAGUGGGGAUCCAAAGGCAGAGCGAAGGAUAUGAUGGAGACAUGAAUGAGUGGGUUUGAGCACUGCCUAUUUUUCACAGCUAGCAUGACCUACAUACUGCCUGAUUGUUAUUCCCCACACUUGGUAGGAAAAAUCCAGACAUGUGAAAGUGAAAAAAGGGGGGGGGGACUUUGGAAACCUUUAAAUUGACAUGAAAUCCUCAAAAAGACAGAUGGAUUAUGAUCGUGUGUCGUGGCAGAAAAGCCGUGUAAUGUUUUAUUGCUGUAACUGGCGCAUGUGUAUCUUUAACCAUAUGUAUUUUAAAGUGAAGAUCUGAUGUUGGUAAUUACUCCCUGUGAGGCGAACUUGCUUCUUUACCCAAAACUAAACAAGUUUCCUGCAUCCAAGACAAAUUUAGGCUGCCAGACAUAUUAACAUAAGCACUACUCUUAAAUGUUUCAAUAAUUAAAAGCAUGAAACAUUGAGGUGUAGAGGCUCGUACUUCUUUUUCCUCCAGGAUCCUAAAAAAUGUUUUUGUUUUUUUAAAUUAAGAAGAAGAAAUUAAAACAAUGGUCUAGACUGGGCACGUUUUCUAAGGGAUGAAAGGUAGAACAUAACUCUGCCCGAUGACUGUCACACAUUUGUUGGACCACUGAACGACAACAACAACAAACGCGCUGUGAUGAAUACAGACACCGGAGCUCCGGCGUCAGCUGGGACUGCCAGCCUCCACAACAGAAGGUCGAGGAAACACGGGCAGAUGGUUGUGCUGUGAAACAUAUCGAAGAUCUUUAAAACACAUAAAAAUGAGCCGCUGCCGAUUCAUCCGUCAGCCUCCUUGAGGACGGAGACGUAAAUAGCACUGUGGUGUCAACAAUAGAGGUUGCCGGUAUAAAAGCAAUAGAAAAUUAAAGCUGCAUGCGGCCUCAAACGGCCCUCAAAGCUCAGCGCCGCCUCGGCCUAAUGGCGACUGCGGGAGUUCCAGCACCGCCGCCCGCUCACCAUCGCUGUACAUCUCUGCAGCUCCUCCAGAGUAACCACAGGUCACUUGUAAUUUCUAUCUCAUGAGUUUUUUUUUUUUUAAUUAAGUAAUUUAGUUAGUUUUAGUGUUCUUCUAACUUCAACAUUAAUUAACCUAUGCAAUAUUGUGUAAAGCAGUUUGACUAAAAUAUGGAUGCGAGAUUGAUUUAUCAAUAAACAUUUUAUUAGUCCUUCCUGGCUUCUUCUCUAAUGCUAUUCUUAGGAUUUAGGCUUUGGUUGAAUAAAUAGAAAUAUGUGAGUAUAUUUUUUAAUAACAGAAAAUGUUAAUCCUUGCUGUCAUUUUUAGGGAAUUACUGAGUUAAUGACAAACAUUGAAGUUUGAUGGAUGCAAUAAAACAAAAUGUGGGACAGUUAGAGCUCUGUGGAAGCACUGUGUUUGCCAACCUUCAGUUGCUUGGAAAUUUCUGGAACAAAACAAAACAGAGACCACACCUUUAGCUCCAUCAGAAUGUUUUAUUCGUGUUUUCCAGUGUUGUAAGUACAUCUCGUUCACAGUUGACACUGCAGGCAACCUUAUUCCUCUACUUCAAAUGGUGGUAACCACCACACUGCUGUAAGUAAGUAUGCAAGACCUAGAUUAGUAUUCAUAGCAAAAAGAAAACAAAAACUUUUAGGUUAAUCCACUUUGUGUUUUCACAGCUGCCCACACUGCAGAUAGUUAAUUCUUCGCUUGCAUGUGACAAAUCCAUUCUUAAUAAUGGUGCAAAAGGUGAGAAAAAAAACACGUUGCAAUGUUUUGAUAUAAAAGUGACAUUUAAACUUGUCAUCCAUCAUGCUAUCCUGUGUAACUUUUGGUGCGCAAACGUUCUCCACGUCUCCUUCAGGAGACUAUAUGGUGUGUUUUUUAUUUAUUUAUUUAUUUAUUUUUUAAAGUCAUGCAGUCAUGUUUUAUUUUUGAAAUAUUAACGCCCUGUGGCAGCUACGUCACUAAAAAGUAAUCAACCUAAAAAGUCACCGACGGGGAGGUCUGAGGCUGCCGACAGGAAUAGCUUGCUGAACCGAAAGAGGAUAAGUGAAUGCUUAUUCACUUAACUCGUCACUAAUGGGCUCAUGGAGGACUAACAGCUGAGCCACUUGCUGUCAGGAGAUUUUUUUUUUUUCACUACUGAGCUGAACUCAAAUAAAUACAUUACAGAGCAUAAACACGCACUCGUCCGCAACGUGCGCGGCGCGCAGAAGCCCUGGCGGCGUUUCGUCAACCUCUGUGCAAACACACGUGCACAUAGCUGCUGCGCAAAUUCAUUAAAUACAGGUGCGUCUCAAUAACUCAGAGUAUGACUGAAGAUACUUUGAGUAUUUCGAACUUGAUUAGUUCGAUCAUCCUGGCUCAUAGCUAAUGAGAACUCAAAUUCAGUUUGUCAGAAAAUUAAGAGUAUUACAAAUGACCAAUUAAAAAAACAAACAAACAAAAAAAAACUAAGGAUAGAUAGAUAGAUAGAUGGAGAGACAGAGAGAAUGAAAAAAAAAUCCUACAUUAAUCCCAUGUGCCAUUUGAAGCAUUUGGAAGGAUUGUGGCAAAUCCUUUCACUGAGAAAUUAAGAUCUUAUAGUAAAAAAUGUAUAACCAUAUAGUAUUCAUCUUAUAGUAGUCUAAUUUUUUCACUUUUUUUUUUUUUUUAAACAGAAUCAGAAACAUCCAGUGACUCAAAAGCAGACUCGGGUGACCCGUGUUUCUCUUUUUUUUUUUCUUUGAAGAAAAAGUGAGCCAUGACACACUCCUGUUGCUGAAAAUAGAUUAAAACUCAAAAUAUCUCAAAAUAUGCCUCUUGUGUAAAAUAGGCAAAAUUCCUAGACUAAUUUUGUUUUUCGAAUGAUUCAUAAAUCCCAAUCAAUGUUUGAAGUUAGAAAUAGCACAUUUUGACUUUGGUUUUUCUGUUUUUGUGGCCCACAACACUUUGAACUUGGUGAUUUUUCGACACUUCUGACAAAAAGGGUCUGGCUCUAUCUAAGUAUAUUAACACGGAAAGUUCAGUGGGAGGAAAAAGUGCUAAAGCAACAGGGAGGUUGUUAAGCAAAGCCCAGAGGGGUUGAGGUUACUGAUGCAAACGGAAUCAUGAAAUAAUUGAAUACAUGUACUGUACAGUAAAUGUUUAGCUGAAGUAGCUAGUUCAAUACAAUUUAUUUCCUGACAAACUUCAUUUUGGGUUAUUGUUAGGUACAUGAUAUUUCAGAGUUAAGUUACUGGAAAACAAAAAGAAAUAUCAAUUUUAAAUAUCAUGAUGCAAGUGGAUAAUACACAGAAUGCUCCCUUACACUCACUUGUUUAUGUGUGAUCUGUGUGAAUUAACGUACAUAAAAAUAUCUACUAUGAUCGCUGGGGAAAAAAAAAAAAAACAUACAAAAAUCCCCCCAAAAAAACCCUAUGAAGGUUUUAUUGGAGACGUAGUCAGACAGAAGAGAAGGGAAGCCAGUAGCUGCCCUUUAGAAUCAAACGGUACAUAAAAAGCAGCCACAUCCUCCUCCUGACAGGACCACACUGCUAACGUGUGAUCCCACAAGAAGGGGAGGAAGGAAUCCACCAGCCUCCAUUACCAUUUCAGUGCCUUCCCCCCUCGGCUCCGAGGCCAUCUUCAUCCUCAAAGGGG